AUGAUCGCAAUUGGUAUGGAAGGCUCCGCCAACAAAUUGGGCAUCGGCAUCAUGCUGCACCCCAAGGACGGAAGCCCCCCGCAGGUCCUCGCCAAUAUCAGACACACCUACGUCUCCCCGCCAGGAGAGGGCUUCCUGCCCAAGGAUACAGCGCGACACCACCGGUCUUGGGUUGUGAAGCUGGUAAAACAGGCCCUCAAAGAAGCCAAGGUCUCUGUCGACGAUGUGGACUGCAUUUGCUUCACCAAGGGACCGGGAAUGGGUGCCCCGCUCCAGAGUGUGGUGGUCGCCGCACGGAUGUUGAGUUUGCUCUGGGGCAAGGAGCUGGUUGGAGUAAACCACUGUGUCGGACACAUCGAAAUGGGCCGCCUGAUCACCGGCGCAACAAACCCAGUCGUUCUAUACGUCUCCGGCGGUAACACACAAGUCAUUGCAUACAGCUCACAACGGUAUCGCAUCUUCGGCGAAACCCUCGAUAUGGCAGUAGGGAAUUGUCUGGACCGGUUCGCGCGCACACUGCAUAUCUCCAACGAUCCAGCACCGGGCUAUAACAUUGAACAACUAGCAAAGCAAGGAACGCAGCUGGUCGAUCUGCCCUACGUUGUAAAGGGGAUGGACUGUUCAUUCUCCGGCAUUCUGGCUGCGAUUGAUGGCCUCGCUAAGCACUGGGGGCUAGGUGGGGAAGAAAAGGCGCGCGAAGAUAUAAUGCAAACCGCUGAUGUGAAAGCGGCAGUUGAUUCAUCGGAUAGCACGCCCACGCGCGCAGACCUAUGCUUUUCCCUUCAGGAGACUGUAUUCUCCAUGCUCGUUGAGAUAACUGAGCGCGCAAUGGCGCAUGUUGGCUCGAAGCAGGUUCUUAUUGUUGGUGGCGUUGGCUCGAAUGAGCGGUUGCAGGAGAUGAUGGGUAUCAUGGCACGGGACCGUGGUGGAAGUGUCUAUGCUACGGAUGAGCGCUUCUGCAUCGAUAAUGGUAUUAUGAUCGCACAGGCUGGUAUGCUGGCAUAUGGGACCGGAUUCCGGACCCCUCUAAGCGAGAGUACUUGUACUCAGCGAUUCCGGACAGAUGAAGUGUUUGUGAAGUGGCGGGAUUGA